GAACAGGGAUGCUCGUGGGGCCCAACAUGCCUACUUUUGGCUUCCUCUUCGACAUUGAUGGGGUACUGGUACGAGGAAAGACUCCAAUUCCUGCUGCAAAAAAAGCCUUUCAAAAGCUAGUUAAUUCUCAGGGACAAUUCUUGGUGCCGGUAGUAUUUGUCACCAAUGCAGGAAACUGCCUUCGCCAGAAGAAAGCUGAUCAGUUGUCUCAUAUUUUGGGAGUGCCGAUUUCACAAGACCAAGUUGUGAUGUCUCAUAGUCCUUUACGGAUGUUCAAACGUUACCAUGACAAAUGCGUUCUGGUGUCUGGGCAAGGACCACUUCUUGACAUUGCCAAAUAUCUGGGUUUUUGUCAACCUAUUACCAUUGAUAUACUGCGUGAGACAUACCCUUUACUGGAUAUGGUUGACCAUGACAGACGGCCUAAAGUUUUGCAUUUGCCAGCUGUGGAACUUCCCAGAAUUGAGGCUGUUGUUUUGUUUGGAGAACCAGUCAGAUGGGAGACUAAUCUUCAACUGAUAAUAGAUGUUCUGCUGACUGGCGGCUGUCCUGGAAAGCCACAUCAUCAAGCCAGUUACCCACAUAUACCCGUGCUUGCUUGUAAUAUGGAUCUGAUGUGGAUGGCUGAAGCACAGUCUCCAAGAUUUGGGCAUGGAACAUUCAUGGUUUGUUUGGAAAAUAUUUACAAGAAGAUCACUGGCAAAGAACUGAAAUAUGAGGCCUUGAUGGGCAAACCCAGUGAACUGACCUAUCACUAUGCAGAGUACCUGGUUAGGAUGCAGGCAGCACAAAGACACUGGAAGAAGCCUAUUCAAACUCUUUAUGCCAUUGGGGACAACUUAAUGACUGAUGUCUAUGGUGCUAACCUUUAUAAUCGUUACCUUGAAGAGAAGAAUUCCAGAAAAGUUUCCAAAGGGCGUAUCCAGGCCAAAGUUGCUGCUGGGACCAGGUCUGCCACUAUUUCUCAGGAUGAUGAAAUAGACCACACUUGGCAAAAUGAACUAGCACCUGCUACUGCCACCAAUUGUAGGAAAGUGGCCUCAACAUACAUCAUGGAGAAAAGUGUGGAGGUUGACGAAGAACAGAAGACAGUCUAGUGAAUGUUUGUUUUUGUGUGUGUGUGUGUGUGUGUGUGUCUCUUUCAUAUAUUUAAAAAGAGCUCGCACCUACGGAAGUGCUUCCAGCACCUAGUCUGAUGUACAGCUUAUGCAAGAAUAAUGUAUGCAGCUUGUCCAAACCAACUAAAAUAUUAAUUCACACUUCAGCUGUUUGGAAAACAUUUAGUCAUAUUAGAGAUGUAGCAAAAUACUUAGCAUAAUUCAGUCGCUAACAAAACUUUCUUUUACCUUUUGCAAUCAAUUAAGCUUUAACUGAAAGUAAGGAAUUGAAGCUCCUUAGCAGUUUACAUGUCUGAGAGAGGUCUUGUUUAUUCUUUUGGUUAUUAGGCUCUGUUUUUAACUUAAUGCACAUGAAGGUGAUACUCUAAGAAAAAAUAUUAUCCUUUGACUUCUGUGGCUUCUGUUCAUCUUGGGGAGGGUGCAGAAUCCAGACUAGUGUGAAAGAAGUGUUGUACAAGCAAUAAAUGCCACCCUUUGCCAAUUAACUACAAAAUUGGGCAGUGUCUCAAGUACUGUAAAUUAAACUAAAAUAUAGUGAUCCCAUGUUUGGGAACCGGAUAACUAAAAUCAAGAUAUGGAAAUCCCCAAAGGAUAAUCUUCAAAUGGUCUUCAUAGUGGAGAGAGGGCCUUAAUUUACAGGUCUGCAUGGUAACUACAUGCAUUAUUCCCCUGAGGAGUCAAAUUAAUAUCAUAUCAGACAUAGGAAAAGACCAGUAAUAUGAGUUUAACCAUUUCUAGACACUUCCAAGGCAAGCACUGAAGCUGACAUUCUAUAACUGCUGGGGCUAACCUUUGAGAGGUGCUUUUUCCCUGUUCUGCCCCAUUAGCUGUCUUUUCAGUAUCUCUUUCUUCCACCCAUCUCAGGUUCCUACACUCAUCACACUGGAAUUGGCAGUGUUUCCCACACAUUGCUCCUAUGGCAUCUAAACCCUAUAUUAAGCGGGCCACUGUGCAGGUAUAGUAGCAUCUGCAGAUUUAAAAUUUAGUACUAAAACAGCUAGAAGGUUCGUGUUUGAAUUCCCAGAAAGUAGCAUUUGCUCCUCAUUUCUCUGAAUGUUUUAUUCUUCAUCAUUGUACUU